AUGGAGGCGUCCGCCAACGGGUCCAGCUUUGGCAUCGACUCAUUACUGUCCCACAGACCUGGAAGUCCGGUGUCCAAAGGGGAUAGUCUGGUGGGGGAAUGCCGCUCACCGCUGGAGUUCAGCCCGAGAUCAGACGUGGAGAGCGGCUGCUCCUCUCCUCCUUCGCCGAGGCGGGAGUGUGUGGACGAGGUAGCCCAGAGACAAGGUCACGGUGUCGGCCUGCCACAGCACCUCCAACACGCACAGAUAUCCGCAGGGUCACAGCAGAGGACCGUAACCUCGUCCUUCCUCAUUAGAGAUAUUCUUGCGGACUGUAAGCCUUUGGCCGCCUGUGCGCCCUACUCCAGUAAUGGCCAGCCGACUCAAGAGACGGGGAGACUCGCCUCAAAAAUAGCAGACGACUUCAUGGAAAAAAUCCACAGCAACUCGUCGUCAGACAGUGAAUAUAAAGUGAAAGAGGAAGGUGACAGGGAGAUAUCGAGCAGCAGAGACAGCCCUCAGGUCCGACUGAAGAAGCCCAGGAAGGCGAGGACGGCCUUCACCGACCACCAGCUGGCCCAGCUGGAGCGCAGCUUCGAGCGGCAGAAAUACCUGAGCGUGCAGGACCGCAUGGAGCUGGCGGCCUCCCUCAACCUCACCGACACACAGGUCAAAACCUGGUACCAGAACCGGAGGACAAAGUGGAAGCGGCAGACAGCGGUGGGACUCGAGCUGCUGGCGGAAGCUGGAAACUAUUCCGCCCUGCAGAGGAUGUUCCCGUCUCCGUACUUCUACCCUCAGAGUCUGGUGUCCAACCUGGACCCCGGGGCGGCCCUAUACCUGUACAGGGGCCCAUCGGCGCCCCCACCGGCCCUGCAGAGACCCCUCGUCCCGCGGAUCCUGCUGCACGGCCUGCAGGGGAGCAACGAGCCGCCGCCUCCGCCCCCACUGCCCCCUCUGUCCGGUGUGCUGCCCCGGCCAACUCAGCAGCGGUGA